AUGUUGAGACAAAUAGUGUUAAUGUGCGCCAUCCAAACCGCUUACUCUUUUAGUAUCCGGGAUAUAAUCAAUGGAAAACGGGGAGCCGAUGCAGCCACCCCCUGCCCCACAUGGCAUCCAUUCGCGUGUCCAUCCGGUGAAUGCGUGCCCAUCAAGUACCUGUGCGACGGAUCACCAGACUGUUCAGACGAGUAUGAUGAGAAUAAGAGCAUGUGCACAGCAGCCACACGACCGCCCGUCGAGGAGACACAGGCGUUUUUGAAGGCUCUCAUGUCCGCACACGGAAAAGAUUUUCUCGUCAAGGUAUUCGGCCCAAAAGCAAAAGCGGAACUGUCUGGAAUGGGAGGAGUUGACAAAGUGGCAGUUGCCCUUUCUCAAACACCGACGGCUGACCUGUUUGCAUCUGAAAUGAAAUUGGAUGAUGGAGAGACACAACAUAUGUUGGAAGUUAUGGAGGGAAUUUUGAAUGGAUCAACUGAUGAAUUGACUUCGAACGAGGCUGCUGAUUUCCGUUUCUUCGUUCAGAAACUCCAGGAAACCGGAUUCUUCUAA